GGUCUCCCUCGUGGAGCAGCCGGAAGUGAUGUCAAGUCAUGCCAUAACAACAACAGCCGCGCGGUCUUUGACAAUGUCAGUGAGGAGGGACUCGAAGCUGCUGGCCUAAACAGAUUGUUGUAAAACUUGGCCAUUCAAGAUUUUAAAAAGAAUCCAUCUGGCUGGAAGACAAAAUUAUAAGAAAACUAUUUAAAUAACUUCAGACUGACAAAAUGGAAUCGUCAACAAAUCUAGAUGUUGACACCCAGUUGCUUGUGGAGGACUGUGCUGGCAACUAUAGCUUGUCUCAUAUGCCAGACAUCAAAGUGGAGCAUCAGCUUGAUUCUGGCGUUGAGGAAGGACCAGCUCAGAGUGUUGCCAUGGGAAUGAAGUUCAUUUUGCCCAACAGGUUUGAUAUGAAUGUGUGUUCUCGGUUUGUCAAGUCCUUGAAUGAAGAAGACAGCAAAAAUAUUCAGGAUCAAGUGAACUCUGACCUUGAGGUGGCAUCUGUAUUAUUUAAAGCUGAGUGCAAUAUCCAUACUUCACCUUCUCCUGGGAUUCAAGUAAGACAUGUCUAUACCCCAUCAACAACUAAGCAUUUUUCACCAAUAAAACAGUCAACCACUUUAACUAACAAGCACAGAGGAAAUGAAGUUUCUACAACACCUUUACUUGUCAACUCUCUAUCUGUUCAUCAGCUGGCAGCUCAGGGAGAAAUGCUAUAUCUUGCCACACGCAUAGAGCAAGAAAGUGUCAUCAAUCAUACUGAUGAAGAAGGUUUUACUCCUUUGAUGUGGGCAGCAGCUCAUGGACAGAUAGCAGUGGUAGAAUUUUUACUGCAAAAUGGUGCAGAUCCACAGAUUCUGGGAAAAGGGCGGGAGAGCGCAUUAUCAUUGGCUUGUAGUAAAGGAUACACAGAUAUUGUCAAGAUGCUGCUCGACUGUGGAGUUGAUGUAAAUGAAUAUGAUUGGAAUGGUGGCACACCUUUGCUUUAUGCAGUACAUGGAAACCAUGUGAAGUGUGUCAAAAUACUUUUAGAACAUGGUGCUGAUCCAACCAUAGAGACAGAUUCUGGAUAUAAUUCUAUGGAUCUGGCCGUAGCCCUUGGACAUCGUAGUGUUCAACAGGUUAUUGAAUCACAUUUAUUAACACUACUUCAAAACAUCAAAGAAUAAUGUCAUACCUAUGGGUUAAGGCUACAUAUAUGAAGACCCGGAGAUUUUGUUUUAGCACUUGUCAACAUCAUAAAGACUUUAUUUUUCAAUUUGUCCUUUAGUCAUUGAUGGAUAGAUUCUUACCGAAAGACUGCAUACCAUAUUUAUGAGUAAUGUUGCAAUUGAAGAAAAUGCUGCCUUGAAGUGUGGUGGUUUCUUCAUCUGCCAUGAUUCCUUAGGUUGGAUGUCCUUGCAUGGCAGGGGGUCGGAGUGGAAGGGCCUUGUGGUCUCGCCCAAUGUUCUGAUUCAAAGUUGGCAACUUAAACUUGACAUUUUUGCACUUUCUUAUUGCACUCAUAAGAGCAGUUAACAGUGCUGAAGCUGUGCUGUAGACUGUGGUCCACUUGUGGCUCAAUGGAAGCAUUUCCUCGAGUUAUCCAGCGUGACCAACUAUCAAAAAUGACUUGGUCAAGACUAUUGAGUAAAAAACACCCACCUAUUUGGCCAAGAAAAGUUUGAAAUAUUAAACACUUUACAGUCCAUUAAGGUUGGAUUUAAUCUGCCAUUCAAAUCCAGGGAGAGAGCGGAUGGGCUCCCUCUGUCAGCUCCAGCUCCCCAUAUGGAGACAUGAGAGAAGCCUCCCACAAGGAUGGUAAAACAUCAAAACAUCUGGGCAUCCCCUGAGCAAUGUUCUUGCAGACAACUAAUUCUCUCACACCAGAAGCAACUUGCAGUUUCUCCAGUCUUUCCUGACACACAAAAAAUCUGCCACCGUUAUGUUGGUAAUAUUUUAAGAGUGUUCCAUUUCAAACAUUUGACUGACAUUAUUAGUCAUCUGUAAAGCCAGAUCAACACUACUUGUAAAAAAUGUCAUAUUCUACAUAAUUGUUCAAAAAGGAAUGAUGGAAGACUUCAGUAUACAGAAUACCAUACUUCACUCCAACUAAUGCAUUGUGUACUUUUCUACAUUUUUCUAGUAGGCUGUAAGUUAACCUUAAGAAUUAAAAGCAUACAAGCCAA